AUGCCGAUUGGAAACUGCAGCGCUGCCCUUACGACAACAUUCUGCAGAGAACUGCCCUAUGCAACAUGCGCACAACAACUCCUCUCAGGAGGCAACGCACACUGUUCGACUCGCACCAGCCACCUCGAGCCACUAACAAUCAUCGAUGACGGCGUUAUUAUUCUCAAUGACGGAACAGCUACGGCCAAUGGACAACUGGUAACUGGAACGUUCCUCGUUACAUUCGACGAGGAGGUAAAAGUAAACAACACCUUAUACCGAAACUUGAAGAGCUACGUAAAAAAAUUCCCAGCACCCGCUGCAUCAACGGUCCUUAACAUUACAGACCAUCAGGAAAUACUGAGUUUACCAUAUUUACAGAAAUUAAACAUAGAAAACCUACGAUACAUUGGCGAAAUGGAAAAGAGACUGGAAAACCGGCCUAUAAUAUCUGGAGUGGCCGCGUUCGCUUUCUUCGCCAUCUGCUUUAUCAUUUUCAAGCUCUACCAAAGACGCCAGCGAGUUCGUCGCCAGCAUGACCUUCAAGUUAUUAUUGACGGUUUCAAGAAGUCCGAGGACGUCCUUCAUCUAAGCGGGGGAGGAGUUAACACGGUCACCCGGCAACAGAGAAGUUGCCAAACUGAUCACGCGUAG